GCACUGAUAGUUUUAACACGAUUGCCACAAAAAUCCAAGAUGGUUCGAAAAGACCCUAUUUUUGAAGCGCGUACCAAUGUCAAGGUGAGUCAGUCUUGUGGCCAGACCCUCAGCUACUAAUACAGCAGCUCUCGUCCCCGAAUUUUUGAGAUUUUCUAAAGACACCUUUCUAACUGCGCCCGUCACUUCAACAGUUACACUCCAACCGCCUGAAGAAAGAAGCCGCCCGUGCGGAGGCUACCUUCAAGUCCGAAAAAACAAAGGCCGACAAGGCGAUGAAAAACCGCGAAUUCCAGAUAGCGCGGAUCCAUGCAUCUUCCGCCGUGCGCGAGAAACGGCGACAGGUUACCUUGCGAGCAGAAGCGGCCCGUGCAGAUGUGAUAAUCAAUGAACUGAAGGCUGCACAGAGCACUCGGGACACAUCGCGCACCCUCGCGAUGGCGUCUCGGGGCUUAGACGCUGCAUCCAAGAGUGUAAACCUCGAGACGCUAGUAUCCCAUGCAAACAACUUUCUCGCACGUUCGGAGGACUUCAAGAUUGCCAGCAGCGCCAUCGAGGAUGUAGCUCAAGGCGUUUCAAUGCAAGAGUAUGGGGCUGAGGGUGAGGCUGAUGUUGAUCGCCUAAUGGAGCAGCUUGCCGACGAUGCGGGAGUGGAUAUGCGACUUGCUCUAGAGCAGGACUCGGCACCAAAGGAAGAUGUGAAGGAACAAACAAAAGUUGAUGCAGACGUUGAGGAUGGAUUAGGUGCCAGACUGCGAGCUUUGCGAGCCGCAAACUGAUUCCCUUUAUUUUGUGGUGUACAUGCUUCCUGCUCUUUUUUUUUUUUUUUUUUCCUUUUCUACUGUUUGGUCAUGUUCUUCCAGGCGAACUAUGGAGAAGCGGGUGAAUAUUUUAAAUUUGAUCGUUAUAAACUAUUUUGCAUAUACCUGUCUUGUUUUUUGAGUUCAUAUUAUGAGUUACGUCAAGGCGCUUGAUUUGUGUUUAUUUGCGAAUACAUUGUGGGGAAUUCUGUACCCCCCCACGAGAUACCUAGGUACAUCAGAAGAUUCUGCUGGAUAUCCAUUUAUUAUCGUCUCACUGUGGCGGCACCGUAGGCGUAUUCCAUUUGACUGGAAUGGUAGAACUUGCUCUGAAAGUCAUUUCCCGGGAUCUGUCUCUUA